AUGAUCAAUCAGACAGCUGUCAUUGAAUUUCUUCUCAUGGGCUUUUCCAAUGACCCAGAAAUGCAAAUCCUACAUGGUGUCUUGUUCCUAAUGGCUUACUUGGCAGCCCUGAUAGGAAAUGGGCUCAUCAUCAUCCUCAUUACUUGGGAUAGACGGCUUCACACUCCCAUGUACUUCUUCCUGAAGAAUUUGUCAUUUGUAGAUACCUGCUACAUCUCUGUCACUGUUCCUAAGUUUAUUCUGAACUCUUUGCUGCACAAAAGCUCAAUAUCCCUUUUGGGGUGUGUUUUUCAAGUGUUUUUUUUCGUGGUUUUUGCCUCAGCUGAAGUGGCCAUUCUCACAGUAAUGUCCUAUGAUCGCUAUGUGGCCAUCUGCCACCCAUUGCACUAUGAGAUCAUCAUGAACAGAAGAGCCUGUGGGCACAUGGUGGUGGUUUCCUAUGUCAGUUGUGGGAUCUCUGGAGUAAUGCACACUGCAGCAACAUUCUCCAUAAAUUUCAGUUCCAACAAAAUUCACCAGUUUUUCUGUGACAUUCCACAAAUCAUUUUAAUUUCAGAUUCAAAGAAAAACAUAGCAGAAAUUGGAAUCAUUGCAUUUAUUUUAGGUAUCAUACUAGUUUGCUUUGUAUUUAUUUUUUAUUCCUACGUCCAUAUUUUCUCCACUGUUCAAAGGACCUCUUCUUCAGAGGGUAGGACCAAAGCCCUAUCCACCUGUAUCCCUCAUCUGGUUGUUGUGACCCUGUUCAUUCUAACUGCUGCUUUGGGCUACCUGAAGCCACCGUCGGACUUGAAGUCACUUCUGGAUCUCGUUUUAGCAGUGUUUUAUACUGUGCUUCCUCCUACAUUAAAUCCCAUUAUAUACAGCCUUAGAAACAAAGACAUAAAAUCAGCUCUGUGGAAGAUGCUUGAUUUGAAAAUACUUAAAUCAUAUUAA